UCAUGGGUGCUUCAUAAGCAUAAAAACUUCUAUAAAAAGCAAUAGAAACAGAUAAUGUUGAAAAUGCAUAAUAAGUUCUUAAAUAAUUCCCAGAAUUAUUAAAUACAAUUCUCUAUUCAGCUGGAAAUAUUACUCCUUUAGCAAGAGCAUCAUGGAGAGGAUGCUUAGAUAUGGUUAUGUUACUAUGUGAAGGAGGAGCAAAUUUAGAUGCAUCUGAUAAAGAUGGGUUGACUCCGUUAAUGUGGGCAGCCAAAAGAGAUCAUGCAAAUAUUUGUUGCACAUUAUUAAGAUUUCAUGCAGACAUCUCUAAAAGAUCAAGAGAAGGAUUUACAGCACUAGAUUAUGCUAUUUUAUUGGGGAAUUAUGAUUCCGCUUAUAUUAUUUAUGAAUUUGAUAAAUUGAUCUAAGAAGCUUCAAGUUAUGAAUUAAUAAGAACUAUAAAAUAAUGGAGAUAUGUUAAUUAUGAAAUUUUUCUUUAAUCAUUAUAAUAAUCAAUCAUGCCUUAAAAUGUUGGUGAUUUCACAACAAAACCAUUAGGUAAGGCAUAAUAUAAAUUUAAUUAAAGGUCGAGUGUACAAUGAUCCAGUAGUAGAUCCAAGAGAAUCAUGGAAAGAUAUGCUAAAAAGAAUCAUGAAAUUUGAUCCUCCCCCUAUUUGUGAAAGAAAUGAAUUACCUCCUCAUCUAUAACCUUAAAAUCGAUUAUUGGGAAGACUUAAUAGUUACAUAUAUGGCAUGAAUCCUAUGCCUAUAGAAGGUAAUUCUAUGGAAAUGUAAGUACCUGAAACCAAUGAAAUUGCAUGA